AUGGUCAACCCCACAGUCAACCCCACCUUGUUCUUCAACAUCGCUGUCCUUGGUGAGCCCUUGGGCCUCAUCUCCUUCAAACUGCUUGCAGACAAAGUUCCAAACGCAGCAGAAAAUUUUCCUGCUCUGAGCACUGGGGAGAAAGUAUUUGGUUAUAGAAUUUCCUGGUUUCACAGAAUAAUUCCAGGAUUUAUGUGCCAGGGUGGUGACUUCACAUGCCAAAAUGACACCGGUGGCAAGUCCAUCUAUAGAAAGAAAUCUGAUGAUAAGAAUUCCAUCCCGAAGCAUACAGGUCCUGACAUUUUGUCCAUGGUAAACACUGGCCCCAACACAAAUGGUUCCCAGUUUUUCAUCUGCAAUGCCAAGACUGAAUGGUUGGAUGGCAAGCAUGUGGUGUUUGGCAAGAUGAAAGAGGGCAUGAAUAUUGUGGAAUCUGUGGAGUGCUUUGGGUCCAGUAAUGACAAGACCAACAAGAAGAUCAUUGCUGACUGUGGACAAAUCUGA